AUGACUGCCCCUCCGCCCGGGGCAGACCCCCUCGUCCUUCUGCCCCCCGAGAUCGUCCUCCGCAUCCUCGACUUCACCCCCAUCUCCGCCCUGGCAUGUCUGACGACCGUCUCCAAGGCCUGGCACCAAUUCAUCGACGGCACUCACCAAGAAGCCAUCUAUAGCGCCGAAUCCAAGACCAAGCAACCGGCCGGAGGAGUGCGAGAUUUCUCCUUUUUGUCCGACAACACAAGUUUUGCCAAACUGUUCGAAGGGACGGCGUCAUGGAAGGACCUGUGUAAGCGUCAGACGCUGCUGGCUCGCAAUUGGGCUCAAUCGCACCCAGUGAGCCGCGAGUCAGUGCUGCAGGUGGGAAACGAUCCUGUGUGGCGAUUCCGGGCCGACUUCAAGCGUCGCUUCUUCAUCUCGACCUCCCAGGCGGGCGGACUGAGCGUUACCGACAUGGAUACGGGUCACAUGCUCUGGCGACUCCCUUCCACGCUGGAUCGUGACGAGGACGCCGUGCGCCCCUUCGCGCAUCUCGAGUAUCAGGAUGGCAUGGCCGUGUUCGAUCGCGAAGGGGAUGCCGUGGAGGUCUGGCAGGCGGACCAAGAGGGUGCCGCGCGCGGCGAGUUCCGUCGCAUCGCCAUUCUUGACCACGAUUGCCAGACCCGAGGCUUUCAGCUAUCACAUUGGACCCUGUGCGUGGUAUCCACCCAGGGACAGGGUUUUGUUUACGAUAUGACGCAGCGACCCCCGACGCGAACCACCCACCUCCAGAUCGAAAAUGACGCCGUCGGCCACUUGGACCAGAGUGCGGACGUUGUUAUCUACUCCAUGGGCCCGCGGGGAUACCAUGCAUACGAUAAGAAGUCGGGCGAAUAUCUAGGCGCAUUGCAUGCUUCGCAUUGUACCGAGAAGUAUCACAUUCGGCCCCCGGCCGCUGCCGCUCCCUCCCCAAGCGCAGCGUUGGAGGCUGCCGUGCGUCACGGCCCUACCCAUGAGCUGUUUCGGCCCUGGGAGCCUCGCAACGACUGCCUAGUGCCAAUCCAACUGACCAAGGGUCCGCUUUCGCCGCCGGCCGACCCGGAACACGUGUGGCACGCCGAGGACGAAUGGGGCGCCGGCAUGCUGCACGGGGAUCUGUUCGUGGGCUUUUCGCGUGCCGGGCGAGUAUUCGUCUGCUCGAACUGGCGUAAGGCUCUCGUCGGUCCCGAUAGUCUGGCGGCUCACAGCGCCCUGCUGGAAUGCGAGACGGACGGCGCCAGCUUCGACCUGGGUGGUUGGUUAUCGGUGCGCAACCACCGCAUCAUGUUCGAGAUCCAGGAUCGCAUCUACGUCGUCGCGCUCGAUGACGAGAACCGCGUACAGGAUGUGGAUCGACCGGCCCGCGCGUCAUACUCGCUCCUAACGAGCUCCAUGCCCCAACUGGCAGUUCCUGUCAGUUUUAUGGCCUUGUAUGAUGAUGCUAUCAUGGCCACCUACACCGUGCGUACUUUCCUACUGCCUUUCUCCCCCCCUCUUCUCGUUCCGAUGCAAGAUCAAAGAAGUAUCCUUAACUCACAUCCGCAGACGCUGGGUUGGCGCCAAUCGUUGCCCAACGUCCCCGGCAACGUGCAACCACAACAUCGCCAAGGCCGCGGCCGCAUCUUCCCUACCAAGGCAAUUCGCAUCGUGAGCUUGGCCCCCGAUCUCUCGGAAAAGCGGUCGAGUGCGACCGAUGCCAGCGAUCCGACACCGGACGCCGCGCAGACGAACGACGGGUCGUUCCAUGCCGAGCGACAGCAUCCGCCGGCGGACGAGUUUUGGCGCUCGCAGGCCGGGCUGCUGCAGUUGGUCAGCAUAAUCGGUGGCGAGUUUGGCGAAGACGACGAAGCCGAUGACGACGAGGAAAGGGUGAUGGUGGCUGAUUUCCACGACGGCGACAUUGAUGGGGAAUGGGAGGACGAGGAGGAUGACCAGACAAGUGAGACAGACGAGGAGGAGCACGCGAAUCAGCAUCCCCACGCGCCGGCAGGGGUCUAG